AUGCGGUCGGUAGAGCGACGCUCAGAGACGGGAGCCGGCAAGCACGGCUACAGCGAGCACGAUGUGCUCAUGGUUGCUGAUAACCCGCAACCAAUGGAGUCGAUAGUGACGCUCCUCCUCCUCGACACACCCCCCGCUCGCGCUCGCGUUCUACAAGCGUCGCACCCCCUCGGGGGCUCGAUGACGAUCUCAUGGCCCAAAAAAGGGAAGAGGGUCAGCAUGGCGCGCCGAUGGGAGACGACGUGUCAUGGAUGCACGGAAGCUUCGGAGACUCGUCGAUACGCCUUGGCUGGCCAACAGAGCCGACGCCUUGCUUCUCUUGGGACUAUAUUAUCCAGUGCGCCCCUCGGCGGCCACGAUCGGGUUUUGAACCCUCCUCCCCCCUCCACCUCUAUUCACCUCUCCAUAUCCUCCAGAUCCAACAAAACCAUCAUUCACUGCGCCCGGCCGUCUCCCAAAUGGGAACCACCGACUUACUCCUCCCUCGACAUCGUCAAUUGCCUCGACUAUAACACACGCAACCAACCAACUUGCAGGCAACCAACCUCUUGCCCUAUUGACAACAAGUUCAAAACAACCAAUUUGCCAAAUCGACAGUCGACAUUUCUGUUCCUCGAGGCAAUCAAAUUACCGAAACCGCCCAUCAUGGAAACCAUUCCUUCAGAGAAGAUGGAGACGUACCACGGCUACGUGCGCACGCCGGCAGACGCCAUCAAGCUGUUUGAAGCGUGCCGCCUUGGCCUCUUGCCGCGGGUGCAGCGCCGCCUCUCCGAGAAGGAGCGCCAAUCUAUUCGCUCCGGCUCCGUUUUUGUGUGGGAUGAGCGCGAAGCUGGUAUGCGACGCUGGACCGACGGCAAGUCUUGGAGUGCGAGCCGCGUCUCGGGCAGCUUCCUGACAUACCGGGAGAUGGAAGGGAAGCGCGGCGGCGGCUUCGGGACCGGCCGUCGGGCUGGCAAGGAUGGACGGCUUAGCGAUGAGGAUGUGGAUGAUGGAGAGCCGGAGGGGUACCGCUACAAGGCCGAUGGGCUUAUGAAGCAAUCCUUCAGCAUCACCACCUCGAACAACCAGCACCUCCAUCUCAUCUCGUACUACUCCCGUCCGCAGCCCGGGCAUGCGGAGCUGCCUCAACCAACCACUGAUCCUAACCUGCGCACCAUCGUUCCCGUCAAGGGCAUGUACCCCGAGUCUAGCAUGGGCGAGGCGAACCAGACACCGGCACUAACACGAACGCCAAUGCAGCAGGCCACGUACAUGAUUCCUCAUCAACACGUGCACCCUCAUGCCCACGGCACCCCGUACGCGUCUGGCUAUGGCUGGCCUCCGUCGCCCGCGGCUACGCCUCCAUACAGCAGCUUCGGCUCCUCGUCUUAUCCUCACGGGUUACCGCCACUCCAUAGCCGUCACGGCCAGCACCAAUCAAUGUCCGGCUACGGUGCUCCUCUCGCGGACCGCGCCCACGCUCCUCAACCGCACUAUUCUUAUCCGCACCACUACGAGGCUGCGCUGCCGCCGCUGCACACCACGCCUAAGAAGGCGCAGGCAUAUGCAAACUUUCCCACCCGCCCGCUGUCGCCGCCCCAUGAGCUCCUGCCAUACAAUGCCUUGGCAGCCAUUGACCGCCGUGGCUCGUUGAGCAUGGGCCCUCUCCCGGGCCUUAACACGGUCACGGCCGGGCCGCGGGUCGGUGCUGGCACGCCACCGACCAGAAAUGCUAGUGUGAGCCCUCCGCGCACCGCCGGCUCGGACCAGCCCAGCACCAGAGGCCAGCGCUCCAGUCUGAGCAAUCCCGUCCUGAACAGUAUCCUGCAUCCGACCCCCGCUUCUAGCGAGUCCGGUGGCGGAAGCGGACACAAUAGCCCAAGAAGCAACAGCGUUAUGAGCGUGGAUAUGCUGGUAUCCGGCAGCGAGGACGCGCGAGCCAUUCAAAUACUGAACCGCAACUUCUUCAGCUCAACUUGA